GUGGUGAUGUAUGACAGUGACUCUGCCCAAAAGAAGAGAAAAAAAGGUAAAAGAAGAAGAAAGAAGAUAUUAACAGUACUUUUGUAUCCAAUAAUCUAUUAUAAGCUUCAUUGAAAACAGUGGUUUCAUCUCUCCUCCGCUGUGUACCAAUGAGAAACCCAUCACACCCUCCAAACCGUCGGCCUUUUCUCUCUGUUCUCAGUCCCUUUUCCUUUGCUCUUCUCCGGCCUUGAUUCCCCCACCAGCCCAAGUAUUUGCACCAAACCUUCAUCUUCUCCGCUGUUGUUCCUCAUGGCAGCACCUGAAGAAGCUCCUGAACCACUGAAAUACCAGACUCUGGCCUUGAAGGUCUCCAUCCACUGUGAAGGCUGCAAAAGGGAGGUGAAGAGAGUCCUCCAGCACAUAGAUGGGGUUUACAAGAUUAGCGUCGACUCCCAGCAGCACAAGGUUGUGGUAACUGGCAACGUCACGGCCGAGAGCCUUAUAAGGAAGCUCACAAAGUCGGGGAAGCAUGCUGAGCUCUGGCCGAAGCAGAAGCCGAUCGAGAACGCUGGUGGAGGUGGCGGUGGCGGGAAGAAGAAAAAGAACAAGAACAAGAAUGACGGCAAACCAAAUGAGCCACCGGAAAACACUGAAAACAACGUGACCUACUCAGGCGACGACAGCUCUGCCGAAUCGUCGGACAAGCCCGACAGCGAAGCCCCUCCGUUGCCGGAGAAACAGAGUGGGACAGAGAAGGCUGUCACCGAUGCAGGUUGUGGUAAGAAGAAGGGGAAGAAGGGUCGCAAGGAACACGACAGCAGCAGUGGAGGCAGUGGCAAGCCUGGUGGAGCUGAUCCCGAAGUGGCUUCGCAAGAGGCCGGCCAGAAAGCGGCAGGCGGCAGUAGCCUUGCGAUCCCACCGGCAAUCGACGCAGUGAGCUACAGCUCGGUGCAUCCGAUGCCGAUUCUGAUGCAGCAGCAGAGCAACUGCAUCUACUCCACGGCGCCUCCAAGCUCAUACUACUUCAGCGAAGAGAACGCCAACGCUUGCUGCCUCAUGUGAUGAGGGCAAUCUCUCCUUUUGGU